UUGCAGUUUACAAAUACACCUAAUUUGUUAUAGGAGUGUCCAUUGAUAAAUUUAGUUCCCAUAACCUGCUUCCUUCUGGAAUCUAGAAAUACUUGAUGUGGACUUGAAUCAUAACUUUUCACAUACAACUUUGCCACUAGUGAUGGCUUCAACAUCAAUGCUUAGUUGCUUCUUCUUACUCUUCUUCCUUCCUCUCACUGCUGCACACACUGCAUCAUCAUCGACAUGGGUCAAAGCUGGUUAUUACAAUUCUGCCAGUGAAAUCUCCGCUUCAGACAUCAAAUCCACACUCUUCACUCACCUCUUAUGCGCUUUUUCUUUCAUUAACUGGACCAACUAUAACAUCUUCAUCAACGCUUCUGAACUUCACAAGUUCUCAGCCUUCACCCAAACAGUUAAGUCCCAAAACCCAACCGUUUCAACGCUUCUAUCCAUCUGGGCUGGUGGCAGAGACAACACUUUUCUUUUCUCAAUGCUAAACCAAUCUUCUCAUAGAAAAUCCUUCAUUCAUUCUUCUAUUACAACAGCAAGGUCACAUGGUUUUCAAGGCAUAGAUCUUAUUGGAGCAUCCCCAGUACCGGCUUCGGAGCUUGCCGAUUUCGGGAAACUUCUGGAGGAGUGGCGAGCUGCCAUAACUUCUGAGGCAAGAAACUCCAGUAAACCAGAGUUACUGUUAGUGAUGGCGGGUUACUACCUUAGAGCUUCAGAUUCAACGAGUUACCCUUUUGAUUCAAUGCAGAGGAACUUGGAUUGGGUGCAUUUUCUGGCAUAUGAUUACUAUGUUCCUACAAAGAACAAUAUCACGGGUUUUCAUGCAGCUUUGUAUGGUCCAACGAAUUGGGACAACACUGAUUCUGGUAUCAAAGAAUGGAGAAGAAGGGGAUUCUCAUCUAACAAGCUUGUAAUUGGGUUGCCUUAUCAUGGAUAUGCAUGGACACUUGUGAAUCAAGGGGAGAAUUGCAUCGCGGCACCAGCAUCGGGACCUGCCACUACAAGGGACGGUUCUAUGGGUUAUAAGUUUAUAAAGAGUUUUCUUAGAAGCUUCGGGAAUAAUGGAGUUGUUUCAAGAUUUAAUAACAAUUUUGUGGUGGAUGAGUUCACAGUUGCAGCCACCGUUUGGGUUGAUUUUGAUGAUGUGGAUUCAAUCAGAGCCAAAGUUUCUUAUGCCAAGGAAAAGGGACUUCUUGGCUACAAUGUGUUCCAACUUGCCAACGAUGACAAUUGGGUCCUUUCAAAGGCAGCUCAAGAAGUAGAUGAAGAUCAUCAUAAGAGGAGGUUGUUGAUAAUUGUUCUGCUAUCAACAGUAACUGUCAUAAUUCUGUUGGGAAUAGUGUUUUGCUACUGCCACAGAGGAACCGCAGCCACCAUUACAAAAGCAUUAUACAAAAUAAGGAAAUGUUUAUCAGGAGCUGAACAAGAUCAUGUAGAAGGGAAUGGUUCUGACUUGACUGCAUUCAGUUAUCUCACAAUCAAAAUGGCAACAAAUAACUUCUCAAGAGAUCAUAAACUUGGAGAGGGUGGAUUUGGCACGGUUUAUAAGGGAAAAUUACCAAAGGGGCAGGAGAUAGCUGUGAAAAGGCUCUCAGAAAGCUCGAAUCAAGGCCUAGAAGAGUUCAAAAAUGAAAUCGCGCUUACGGCAAGAUUACAACAUGUGAAUUUGGUUAGACUUCUGGGUUACUGCACAAAAAGGGAUGAGAAGAUUUUGAUCUAUGAAUACCUACCAAACAAAAGCUUAGAUCAUUUUCUCUUUGAUCCAAGGAAAUCAAUUCUUUUAGACUGGAGCAAGCGUGCCAACAUCAUUGAAGGGGUUACUCAAGGCCUUCUUUAUCUCCAAGAGUACUCAAAUUUCACCAUAAUCCACCGAGAUCUCAAAGCCAGUAAUAUUUUAUUAGACCAUAAUAUGAAUCCCAAGAUAUCAGAUUUUGGCAUGGCAAGAAUUUUCAGGAAAUAUGACCUUGAAGCAAACACAAGCAGGAUUGUUGGGACAUACGGUUAUGUACCUCCUGAGUAUGUGAGAAAAGGCAUAUACUCGACGAAGUACGAUGUUUAUAGCUUUGGAGUUCUUCUGUUGCAAAUCAUAAGUGGGAAGAGGACUUCAUGUUACUAUGGACCACAUGAAAAUAUGAACCUGUUGGAAUAUGCAUAUGAGCUGUGGAUGGAGGGAAGAGGUGUGGAAUUUUUAGACCCUUCAUUAGAUGAUACAACAUCAGCAUGUAAACUCAUGAGAUGCAUGCAAGUAGCUCUUUUGUGUGUUCAAGAGAACUCUGCAGAUAGACCUUCCAUGUUGGAAGUUGAUUCAAUUCUCAAGAAUGAAACUGCAGCUAUUGGUAGUCCCAAAAUGCCUGGUUUUUCAGUGAAGAAACAUGAAGAUGAUGAGAAAGAAAGAUCCAUAAAAUAUGUUUCAAUUAAUGAUGUUACAAUUUCUCAAAUGAUACCAAGAUGAUGAUUGCAUGGAGCAGAACAUGCAAUGCAGUGCACAGAGAAAUUAUAUUUACACCACUCUGUAUAUUUUCCUUUUAUAAUAUUAAAGUGUAUAUAUCAUUCCGGUCAAUUUAAACCUUUCAUAAUAAUAUAAUAACUAGAGUGGCCGGUCAA